UUGGUAUUCGUAUUACAGGAGGUGAGAUGACGAGUCUGCAGGUUCGACUGGUGAAUGGAUCUUCGCAGUACGAAGGCAGGGUGGAGGUGUUCUAUGAUAACCAGUGGGGCACGUUAUGUGACGACAACUUCAGCUACAGGGGAGCCACCGUCAUCUGCCGGAUGCUCGGUUUACCCACUGAGACUGCUACACCGCACAUAGGUGGUCACUUUCCGUCAGGAACUGGACCGAUCUGGAUGACAGAUGCACUGUGUAGAGGAAGUGAGGCAAACAUCGCAAACUGUCGUUACAGAGGCUUCGACAAGAAUAAUGUGAUGAACAUAUGCAUGCACAGCGAAGACGCCGGCGUCACGUGUGCAG